AUGCGUACCCACUCGCCGAGCUGGUUCAUUCUUUCAUCUGAAGCAACGGCUGAUAUUCAAAUCGAUGCCCUUGUUCCUGCCAUUGUCUUUACUAUACUGGCUAGUAUUAUGGUUGGCUUGCGUUGGUACAGCCGUCUGUACUCAGCUUGCGGUGUGAAGACGGAGGACUAUCUUGUGACCGCUGCUUUGAUACUCUCUAUAGGGAACACUGCCGUGAUCGGGGCAGAGUACAGGGUGGAUUCUCGUCGUAAAGACUUGGACCUGUCUCAACAGUCUUCCAUGACGACCAUGCUAAAGCUCGUCUUUGCGCAAUCGAUCUUCUACCAUCUUUCCGUCAAUCUUGUCAAAGCCUCAUUUGUACUGCAGUAUACUCGUCUUUUUUCACUAACCCGAUCCAUCAUGUACGCUUGUUAUGUGCUGCUUUUACUCAUCCUCGGAGCCACGGCCUGGGGGGUAUUUGGCGUUGUGUUCCUAUGUAAACCUGUGCAACAAUAUUGGAACCUGAGGGUGCUUGGAACAUGCAUGAAUGCUGAGACACACUUCUUGUCGACGAGCAGCAUAGGCAUCGCCCUCGACUGGAUGAUCUGGAUACUCCCGAUUCCUGUUGUAGGGAGGCUGAAACUGCCUAGGAGACAAAAAUUGAGCUUGCUGGUGGUGUUUGGACUGGGAGGGUUUGUUUGUAUUGUGAGCAUUCUCCGUCUUGCCUUGGUGCACCAAUUCGCCCACCGACAGCAGGUUACCAAAUCGGGUACCUAUGCCUUGAUACUGUCUGCCAUCGAGGUCAACGUGGCUCUAGCCUGUGCAUCGCUGCUCGUCUUGAAGCCAUUGCUGGUGCGCUACGUGCCUGUAUGCAUCUCCGACAAGCCGAUGACUGCAAGAGAAGACAUGCGGAGAUUCAGCGAUUUCACAGACCUGUUCAGGGCAGCAUUGGAUGACAUGGAACAAAACAUGGAGGAGGCCAAGCGUGGGGAGAGACGAGACACCAUGACCAGCAGACCGACGACGAGCAUGGAGGGGCCGCAGUAA